AUGAAAAGAAGGGAGGAGGAGGAGGAGGAGGAGAAACGGAAGAAAACGAAGCAGGGCGAAAGCGCGGAAGAAAAGAAAGGAGGAGGAGGAGGAGGAGGAGGCACUAAAGAGGGAAAGGAGGACGAGAAGAGAACCAGACAAGACCGACAGCGGCGCCUGGCGGCCAAGAGGGAGAGUUUGUUAAAGUCUCUGAAAGGGUUGCUGAGAGGAGGGAGAGGAGGGAGGAGGACGAUGAUGAACAACUCCCAGAGAACCGGCGACGGAGCAAAGAAAAAGGCGGAGCUUAAGAAGACCAAAGGUCAGAAGACGAGCGUCCGAGAAUCGCCCGUUGCCAAGGCGAUGGGCCGGAAGUCUGGCGCCAAAGCCGCCGCCGUCGGAGACGAAAGAGAAGAAGGAAGAGAAGACAAAGACGAAAGAGGAGAAGCAGGAGAAGACAAAGACGAAAGAGAAGGAGACGACGAAAGAGAAGGAGACGAAGGAGAAGACGAAAGAGAAGGAGACGACGAAAGAGAAGGAGACGAAGGAGAAGACGAAAGAGAAGGAGACGACGAAAGAGAAGGAGACGAAGGAGAAGACGAAAGUGAAGGAGACGAAGGAGAAGACGAAAGAGAAGGAGACGACGAAAGAGAAGGAGAAGACGAAAGAGAAGGAGAAGACGAAGGAGAAGGAGACGGAGGAGAAGACGAAAGAGAAGGAGGAGGAAGACAAGACGCAAGCUGUCGGGAAGAAAGAUGAGGGGAUGAAGGACGAAGAGAAGAAGGACGAGAGGAAGAUCAUCGGGAAGAUCGUGAAG